GAAGCGAGGGAGGAGCGAAAAGGGCACCUCCCUCGAUGGACAAAUCGCCAUCCCAAAAGUUGCUAUCGAGUGGCUCCUCCAUUUUUGCCCCUUUUCCUGCAUGUCUCUGUCCGUACCUAGUGUGUACCUACGGAUACGUAUCUGUUGAUACCACAGUCAGAGGUGGGGGAACCUUGGUGUCUACCUAUCUACACAGUCCCUUGGUACGCGCGGCGUAUGCACGUACGUACCUCUAUCGCGGCGACAAGGAACCUCGUACGUCCCAACCAAACCUCUUUCGAAUCUUGACAAUCGUGGGACUCUGGGACGCCGGGAUUCCGGGACGACGUGUCUGGCUCGCAUCACGUUUGGAACCACACUACUGCACUAGGUGCUUCCGGUCUCCCGCGCCAUCGUCGAUGCCAACCCAAUCGCGAGUCGGCCGAACAAACACACAGGGGGCAGCAAGGCGUCGACACUUGGCAAUCGAGCUGGAAACAUGCUACAGCAGUUGCCAAGAUACGUGAUGGACGGCAAGACAAGACAGAUAAGUGAGACAAGGUGCGCGCAGACUCAUGCUCAUUACAUCCAUCCUACAGUCAUUUUACAUACUAUCAAAUUAGGCAGUAGGCACUGAGUCGAGAAGCAUGCUCGGAAGAAGCGGCCGAACGGGAGGGAGGAUCAAGGCCCAGAACGCAUAUUCGUUGCGGGCCGACGCAGGAAAAGGUUCCAUCCUCCUCCCUUGGGUGGUCACUGGUCGAAUCCCCACGUCGUGUCGUCUCGCCCCAGUCUCGUAUCGUGUCAAAUACGCCGCUAGUCCUCAGGGUUUUACUCAUUCAGAUAGGCCCAAACUCUGUCUUUUCUAGUAGUAAGGUGUCC